GGCAGGAGGCAGUCUCCUGCGCUCACUCUCCUGCAGGCUUUUCUCUCACACUGCUCUCACUCUCUCUGACUGCGUAGCUGAGAAACACUCACUCACUCACUCACUCAAACACACACUAUGAGGCUGGUCCUGCUGUGUGUUUCUGCCUCCACCACUCUUCUGCUGGCAGUCCCAUGGAGCUCCGCAGCAGACCCAGGAGACGGAGCCCAGAGAUGGGAUAAGGUCCAGGAUAAGCCUGCUACAGGAGGGGGUUCAGGGGGCUGCCCUGUGAGGAUGAAGCCUUCUGGCCAGUGUGGAGAAGAGGACGACUGCCCCUAUCAGAUCACCCUGCCUCCACUGACUAUCCAGCUGCCCAAGCAGUUCAGGAUGCUGGAGAAGACCAUGAAGGAGCUGCAGAGCCUGAAGGAGACGGUGAACCGGUUGAAGAGGGACUGCCUGGAGUGCCGGCAGCAGGCUGACCAGAGCCUGCAGAGGGACAGCGGGGAGGCAGCAGGGGGUCCCGGUACGGGGAUGGGACCAGGGUUUCUGGAGCUACAGUCUGGAACCAGUAAGGAGGAACGAGGAGAUGGGGGAACCAACACAGGACCUGAUGGGGAUGGCCAAGACACUGGAACCGGCAUUGGCACUAGCACCGGUUCUGGUACUGGCAAAGGAAGUGGCUCUACCGGCGGUUCUGUGUUUGAGAUGCAGGUGAAGAUGAACAGGAUGUCCAACAGCCUGCGUAACGCACGGGGCCAGAUCACGGCUCUGCAGGGCCGUCUGGAGGAGCUGAGCCUCAUCAACAUGAGGAACGUGGAGGCCAUGGUGGAGAGCAAGGUGGAGAACAUCACUGGAGUGGUCAACAAGCUCAGCAACACCUGCAACAGCCAGUGUGCCGUCCAGACCUCUCCUCAGUUCAUCAUCGCGCCCAAGGACUGCUCUGACUACAACAUGCUAAAGGAGAGGAAGAACGGCGUCUACCGGGUCACGCCCGACCCCAGGAACGGCACGUUCGAGGUCUACUGCGACAUGGAGUCGUUCGGCGGUGGCUGGACCCUGGUGCAGCAGCGCCUCAAUGGCACCGUCAGCUUCAACCGCUCCUGGGCUGAGUACAAGAGGGGCUUUGGUAACCCACGGGGAGAGUUCUGGUUGGGCAACGACCGCAUCCACCUCCUGACCAAGGCCAAGGACAUGGUGCUGCGCAUCGAACUGGAGGACUUCCAAGGGGUGCGGGAGUAUGCCAAGUUCGACCAGUUCUACGUGGCCAACGAGUUCCUGAGGUAUCGCUUAUCCAUCAGCGGGUACAGUGGCACGGCCGGCAAUGCGCUGCACAUGAACGAGCAGUUCAACCACGACCAGAAGUUCUUCACCACACCAGAUAGGGACAACGACAUGUACCCGUCAGGGAACUGCGGGGCGUACUACAGCUCGGGGUGGUGGUUUGACGCCUGCAUGUCAGCCAAUCUCAAUGGGAAAUACUACCACAAGAGAUACAAGGGCGUGAGGAACGGCAUCUACUGGGGAACGUGGCACAACAUGUCCAGUGAAGCAUACCCCACCAACUACAGGCAGGCCUUCAAGACGGUCAAAAUGAUGAUACGGCCAAAGAACUACGUUCCGUAAAGGAAGGCAGCAUGAGAUCGGAAACGACCGGAAAGAUCAGAAAGACUUUCUUCUUCUUAACUCUCUGCUCCUUUGACCUUUCUGCCUCCCACUGUCAAGUUUAACCACAUGGUUCAGAGACGGUCUGAGACACUUCGGUUCACGGUAAUAAAACAGCAAUGAAUUCUUCAAAGUUACCAGUUUCACCGCUGUAAACAAGGUUGGAAAAGACUCCACCGAAGACAAAUGUAUGAUAUCACAGUCAUAGUAAAUGUCAGACAUGUCUGGCUAUCGAUUAAACAACAUAAUAUGGAACAUGUGCUACUGAACUAAUAACAGCAACAAAAUGGCGUCAGAUAUGUUUGCUUUGUGCAGAAUAAUUGCAUUGGUUGACUGCAGGCACUGCAACUGUUUCCAGACAUCUGUAUAUCCCAAGCGUUUCCUGUAUAAUACUGCCACCUAGCUUUAUAUCAUAACAUUGCAUCCUCAUCUAGACAGGCUGAGCAGCAUUGGAAAACAAAAGUCCCCAAGAUCAAGGAGGAAAUGUACAGUAUUUAUUUUUGGAAGUAUGAUAGCUUUUAUAUAACUAAUAUAUGGACUGUAUUUUCAUGCAGUACACAGUGAUUGCCUAAGAUAAGUACCCCAAAAAAGUAUUGUAUUCUGAAUAAAAAGCAUUGUAUUGGGGUUGGGAAGUUGACCACAGAGAAGUUUAAAACUAGAAUAUGGAUUAUUUGGACUUGUAUGAAACGGUUUAAAGUGUAGGCCUAUUUGAAUAGAAUAAUUGAUUAUGUAGCUUGACAUUUAGAACUGUAUUUACAUUAGACCUGUUUUAUUCACCUUCCAUUGUCCUAUUCAAAAAAGUAUUUACUUUUUAUAUAAAAACACGAAUAAAGUUUUUACAGAUUU